AUGCAAGUUUGCUCAUUAGAACAAUGUGGUGUUCCAGUUUGGAGCACAUCUUCUCUAACUAGAGACUUAUUGGCUACUGGUACUUGGACCGGUUCAUAAAACGAAUAAAACAGUCUCCUUAGAAUUCAUAGUUACGAUGUCAACAAAGGCAUAAAUCUACUUGGAUAAACUCUAUCACCUGCUAAGUUUGCUUCUUUAGACUGGUCUGAUUACAAAGAUGAGUACGGAAUCAUUGCUGGAGGUAUGGGAGACGGCGCAAUUACAUUGUGGGAUGCAAGAAAAAUCUUAGACAGUGGAAACAAUGAUCAACAGCUCAAGAUGGGUAAAGGCUGUGUGUCAGCAGCUAAUAUUCACAACGGAGUAUCAGUUGGAUCAAUAGAGUUCAAUCCCCAUAAGAAGAAUCUCUUGGCAAGUGGAGGAUCUGAGGUCCUAAUCUAAGAUAUCACUCACAACAUCAAGAGUCCUAAUGUCUUCAAGCCAGGUGUUCCAAACUAUCAUUAAGGCUCUAGAAUCACUUCAAUCAGCUGGAAUAGAGUAGUAUCUCACAUUUUGGCGAGUGCGAGUGAGAAUGGUAAAAUUGUGGUUUGGGAUCUCAAGAUUAACAAAUCAAUCUUUACCUUCACCGAACCAUCUUAAACCUCAGGAGGAGCUGAUUACGACUUUGAUUACUUUGGCGGAAGUGGAAUGGAUCAACAACACACUCAGUAGAGACAGCAACAAUAAAAGUCUAGAGAGACAACAAUGGUAUGGAACCCAGAGAUCCCUACUCAGUUCUUGAUGGCUAAUGAUGAUGAUUAGAAUCCAUCUUUUUACAUUUGGGAUCUUAGAAAUCCAGACUACCCAGUAGCAACUUUCUCUGACAUCCACUACAAUGGUAUUCUUUCAGCCUCAUGGUGCCUAACAGAUUCAAAUAUGGUUGUGUCAUCAGCCAAGGAUUUUAGAACAGUUGUUGUUAACUUUAAAACUGGAGAACAGAUCCUCGAAUUUCCAACUCAAGCUCAAUACAAAAAGCUUUCAUGGUCAAAGCCUCUAAAAGGAAAGAUCGCAGCUAUGGAUUCAGAAGGUAACUCUCAGAUCUUAUCACUACAUCCGGAAGGAAUGUAUUCUCAACCAGAACAAACAUUCAGUGUACCAAUCGUUAAUCCAUAAACGAACACCUCAUAUGCUCCUAAAUGGUUACAGCCAAGAUGUGGUGCUAGAUUUGGCUUCGGUAAUAGACUGGUUACUUUCGGAGCAGGCCAAGGUUCUCUUAUUAAGGUACAUCACACCCCUAUUAAUCCCUCUCUGGCUUCAAGAAUUCAGGCCUUUGAUAAUGCUAUUGAAACAUUAGAGUUGACACAACUCCUAGAUUAGAAAAUUGCUGAGUCAUAGAAUGACUAUGACAAGAUGGAGUACACAGUCAUGAAGUGCAUUUACAGAAAGAAAUACGAUGACCUUCAAAAAAUGUUCGGCUUCGAUCAAAAGAAAAUAGUUCAUGAAGUCGAGAAGUAUCUAGGAAAGAGACUGUAAAAACCAAAUCAAGACUCGCAAUAAGUCCAAGCAUAGACUGUCCAAGCCAAGUAGACUCCAUAGUUCUCAACAAUGACAGCUGAGAGUGCAGCUAAGUUCUUUGAAGAACUUGGAGCAGGUUCCCAAGCAAAGUAAAACAACUAAGCAACUAACAACAACAAUAAUGAAGAGCAAAAGUUAGGUGAUGAUUAGACCCUUGAACAGGCUCAAUCAAACAGAUAGCAGUAGUUCAUUACUGAGACUAUUUCAAAGAACUCUAACUGGGAUGAGGGUGCUGAAGGCAUUAUCAAGAGAAAUCUGUUAAUUGGUAACCUCGAGUAUGCAGCUGAUGUAGCUCUUAAAGCCGGAAGAACCGCUGAGGCACUGCUAAUUGCUCAAGCAGGUGGAUAGCAAUUAUUUGAUAGAAUCAAGGAGGAGUACUUCGCCCUUAACAAGGACUCCUAUGUUAAACUCUUCGUCAAGUCAAUAGUCAAUGAUGAUUUCAAGGAACUAGUAUCAACACAAGCUCUCCAUCAUAAGUCAGCCAACUGGAAGGAAUCACUUUCCUACUUACUUUCAUACUAGGAGAAAGAAGAGAUGUAAAAUUUAGUAAGAGAGUUAGCUGAUGAACUUUUAAACAAGAAGAAGGACAUCAACUCUGCUAUUGCUUGCUAUAUGGUUGCUUAAUCAAUCGAUGUAGCAGUAGAUUUAUGGAAAAAGAGAGCCUAAUUCUACAUUAAGAAAGGUAUGGACAGACAUGAGGCUCUUUUCCAAUUGUUUGAGAAGUGUAUACUAUUCAAGACAGUUUGCAAAUCCACUAUCCCUCUAUUGGAGCAAGACCUCAUUUAAUGCGACAUGUCAGACUACAUGGCUCAUGAAAACCUGAAACAUCUUGCAAUUAAAUAUCUAGAAAUAUGUGAUCCUAAAUAAUCCAAUGUCGCCAUAACUAAGAAUAGAAUUUUCAACAGCAACUCGCACAAGAACCCAAUGGGUUAAAGACCAUAACCUCCUUUCUAAGUAGAACAGGUCAGAGUUUAAAUGUCAAUUCUAGUUCAGCAGCAAUAGCAGCAGUAAACUAGAAAAGUAGGUGGCCCUAAUGUUAACUAAGCUCAACAAAACACAGCAUAAUAAUAAAGAGGCGUAGGAUAAUUACCGAACUAAUAGAAUCAACCAAUUAGAUAGUAGCAACCCUUGAAUCAGCCCCAUAUUAGGCAAUAAUAACCACAGCCUAUUAAUCAUCAAAAUGCUCAACUAAACAACAAUUAGCAGCAGCACAUUAAUCAAGUGCCUAUUCAUUAGUAACAUCAACCCCAACCAUUACAAAAUUAGCCUAGACCAAGAGCUAAUCUUCCUAAUGUUGGCUUGAAUGAUCCAGCCUUGAGAGCUAAUUUCGGUUAUAAUGAAGCAAGGCAGAUUCCACUUUCUGGAGCUUAAAAUUAGAUCCCUCAGUAAAACCCCCAAAACUAAUCAUGGAAUUAAAAUAACUAGCCCUAGUAAUUCAAUCAGCCAGACUAUUAAUAAAUGAACAAAGCUCCUAACUAGAACUUGAUUAGAGGACCUGCACCAGUUAAUUUCAAUGAUAAUAAUCAGUAAGUAAGACCAACUAUCUUUAACCCAACACAACAAAAUAAGAUUGAGGAUGAUAAAUAAACAGUCCCACCCCCAAUUAAGAAUCUUCAAUAGUCUCAACCUAAGCAGUAGAUCAGACCUCCUCCUAUCGGUAUUAGACCCCCUAUUCAGUAAAAUAUCUAACAGCAACAAUAACAUCAUCAUUAGAUCUAGCAGCCACCUCUUUAAAACACUAUCGUUGAUUAAGGUAGACCAGUGAGCUCUCACCAAACCAAUAUCAAUCAAUCUCAAAGAAGCGCUCCUCUACCAACUUAAAAUCAACUUGGAAAUUAGGUUCCACCUAUGUAAUAGCAAAGAACUGAUAUUCCACCUCAAGGCAAUCCACCUCCUAGAGUUGAAAACAUUAGCUAAAAUAGACCUCUUGGAAACCCACCUGGCCCAUUAGGAUCAGGACCUAGACCAAGAAUGCCACCAGUUGGAAAUUAAAUGCACAGACCACCAAUCGGGCUUAAUCAGCCACCGCUUCAAUAAGUAAACUAGCAGUUACCACCCUAACUUGGAAAUGUUCCACCUCCAAUGAAUUAGCCACCUAUUGGCGGUCCAAGACCAAUGGGUCAACCAAGACCAACGAUGAAUGCUUCAGCCUCAUAGUAGCAACUUAUGGGAGCUGGCAGUGGUGGUUCAGCUGAUGCUUCGUCAUAAGAAGUCGUUCAGAGUCUUGCAAAUCUUUUCAGUGUCUACACGCAAAUGAACCAAAAGGUUAAGUCUGAGACUGAGUUCAAGUAUAAUAUACUUAGAGACAGAUUGAUAGAAAAUUAGAUAUCACCUGUCGUAGUUGGUUUCUUGAAAGGAAUGACAUCUGCUGUUGAAAGAAACGAUUUCAAUACUGCUUUAAAUAUUCACAAAGAACUAGUGAAAAAGACAUGGGAAGAGUCUAAAGAUUGGGCAAAUGCUCUUAAAGUUUUAGUUUCAUUCAAACAAAGAUUUGCUCAAUGA